AUGUCUCAGAGUUCUCCCUCAAAGAAAUCGUCUCCUUCCUCUGAAACAGCAUCAGGAUCUAGGGCACCAAAUGUGGUGAGUGAUCAAGAUAUUGUGCUAAAUGUUGUGCCAUUGAACUCUGUUCCUGCAACCGAUUUUGUUCGUAGUCUACCAAGAAAGAUGCAUGCAAGAAAAUCAACUGGUGGAUCUGUACCAGAAACCUUUUCUGUUCAAGGUAGAGAGGGCUCUGCUUAUGUUCACAAUGCGAUCGCUGGUAUUGUCACAAGAAUCUUAAAUGAAGGGCACAAGGUUGAUGGAAUAUCUGUUCCUCUAGCCCAAAUUUCUGCCUCUGAGAACAGCAACGGUGAUCAAGGUGGUCAAGAUGAUGAUAGCAAAGAUCAGGGUGAUGUUGAGACACCUGUUGAUAACAAUGAUGAGAAGACCCCCGAUGCUGAGAUUGUUGAACCUGAGAAAGCUGAAGAGGUUCGUGCUGCUCCUUCUAAAGAAACCCUUAAUGAAGGGCCUACUGUGCAUGAUGUGGUGAAUCUGGAUGAUCUGGAUGAUUCUAUUGAAAUUGCUGAUGAUGAGCUCAUCUCUAGCAUCUCUCAUAGAGUCAAGACUCGUAAGGGCAAACAGGUGUGUGAUCAAGAUCUCUCCAAACCUCAAGUUACUCCUCAAAAGAAGGUCACUAUAAAGAAGAUCAAGAAGGUCCCUGCUGAACCUUCAAACACUGGAAGCAAGAGUGCUGUGAAGAAGAGGAAGGAAAGAUGUGUUUCUGUCCCUGAAGAAGAUGAAUUUAUUGUGAAUUUGUCUAAAGAUUGUGGUGAUGGAAGAACUGAUGAUUUUCAUAAGGUGUAUGUUAGAAGAAAGUGUAUAGAUUUUUCCCCCGCUGUUAUCAACUUAUAUCUAGGUAGAGAUGCUGAGGCUCAACCUGAGCUUGAAUUGACUGAUAAUGAGGUGUGCAAAGUAAUCACUGGUGGUAAGGUUAAGAAGUGGCCCAUAAAGAGCAAACUGUCUGCUAGUUCUCUUAAUGUCAGGUAUGCAUUGCUACACAAAAUUGGUGCUGCUAACUGGGUGCCUACCAAUCACACUUCUACCAUUGCUGUUGGCCUAGGAAGAUUCAUAUAUGCUGUGGGAACCAAGACAAAAUUUGACUAUGGGACUUACAUAUUUGAUCAAACUAUGAGGCAUGUUGGUACCUCUGCUACCAAGCUUCCCAUUGCUUUCCCAUCUCUGAUGUGUGGGAUAAUCCUCAAGCAACACCCUGGAAUUCUGAAAAGUAAAGAUUCUGUAUGUAAGAGGGAGAGUGCUUUGUCUUUUCACUACAAGCUGCUUCAGAGGUCUGAUGACAUGACAUCUGCUGGGACAUCACAACCCAGUAAGUUUGUAAACAAAGCCCUUCUUAUUGCUGAGCUGAAAGAGACUUGUCAGGAGUUGGACAACAGGAAGAUGAAACUUGAAAAGCUCAUCCAAAUUCUUGAGCAGUCUACAGAUGAUGACCUUGCUGGUAAGAGGGAUGGUGACAAUAUGGAUGAAGACAAAGGUGCUGAGGAAGAGGCUGAGGAUGCUGAGGCUGAGGGUGCUGAUAGUGGGAGUAGUGAUGCUGCUGAAGAGACUAGUAGCUCAAGCGAUGACAAUUCUGGUGGCUCUAGUGAUGAAGACAGUGAUGGGUCUGAUGAUUAG